AUGACAGCGGGGAGGAUGAAGAUGGUGACCCCCCUCAUCCUGAUGAUUGUGGGGGUGUCAGGGGUGCAGUGUGACAGUCACUCUAUGAGGUAUUAUUACACUGCAGUCUCCUCUCCGGGAUCCGGGCUCCCUGUGUACUCUGCAGUUGCAUAUGUGGAUGAUAAGGAGAUAGUAACUUAUAACAGCGACACUCGUCAGUGUCUUCCCAAGACUGAAUGGAUGAAGAAACUGGGACCUGACUACUGGGAGAGGAACACACAAAUAAAGCAAAACGUUGAGCCUGUUUUCAAGCACGGUGUACAGACCUUGAUGAGACGAUUCAACCAGACUGGAGGGAAUACCAUAUCCUCCAGGUGAAGUCCGCUUGUGAGCUGUGAGCUGAGAGAUGACGGCACCACUGCGGGGUAUAAUCAGCACGGAUAUGAUGGGAGAGAAUUCUCCUCUCUGGACACACAGAGAUGGAUCUGGAUCCCGACCAUGAAUGAGGCUCAGAUCACCACACAGAGAUGGAACAGUCCGGAGGUCAGGGAUGGGGAGAGAUGGAAGAAGUAUCUGGAGAAUAUCUGUAUAGAGUUCCUGAAGAAAACAUCAAACAAUGGGAGAGAAGAUCUGGAGAGGAGAG